AGCUCAAGUUUUUUGGCUUUCACGAUCUCUUGCUACUCGUACGUUGGAUUCAUGCUAUCGUGACGCGCCAGUCGCAGCUCAUGGUGUUUGUUUGUUUGCUGAUUGUGGUCGCAGUGUGCGAAAUAAAAGCUGUGUCAUUGAAUGAGAUCGCAACUGCAUCCCCUCCCCGCCGUGAGGCAGUAGUGCUGAUGAUCAAGAGUGUGGAUCAGAAGUGCACUAUUGAUCGUGUGCUUGCGCUGGCUGUAAGCAGCCGCGGAAUGAAGGCAUAUCGCGAUGUAUGGGUAUUGGUCGAUCGCGAUCUUGUCAUUGAGAACGAGACUAUGAAGAAGCUAACCGAAGCAGGCGUGCACGUGGAUACCCAGCCAAAUAUUUCGAAGCCGAUGCGCCUGAGCCGCUUUCACGGUCAGGCUUCGGGGGUUACAAAACCGUCUUUCUUGGAAUGGGUAACAUCAAAACCAGAAUAUGAUUUCGCUUGGCACAUUGAAGAUGACAGCUUUUACACAGGAAGAUGGGGCGACUUGUUUGACGUUUGUGUAGAUUCUGCCGGCGGAAUGUAUGAUCCAAGCGUUGAGGGGCAAGUGACAUCAUUUCUUACAGCUAAGUAUAAGGACUCAUCCAAUCAAUCAAAAUCGAAAGAGGAAGAAUCGAAAGAGGAAUAUCACAAUAGUUUUUUGUUGAGGGCGUACGCUGAGAUGUUGAACCAACCGUUCAACAAUUCUGCCGAUGUGGUUGCCAAUUGGGUGCUGAAUCACAACAGUCAUUGGUAUAACUGGCACAGCUGUUAUAUUUUCGGCAAGAGUUGCAUGCAUGCAGGCCAACAAAGCCUUCAAUUCAUGUGGCCGGUUGCCCGCUUCUCGAAAAGAUUUAUUAUUGAACUCAAGGCAGCACUUGAAGCCGGUGGGGGCGCGAAUGCUACUCGAGGGCACCAUGAAGCACUCACUGCCAACUUCUGCUUAUAUUCAUCGUCGUGGUGUUCAAUGAGCGCACUACCGAGAGUUGGGAACGUGAAGGCAUUUGCUUCAGGUGUUAAGUAUAACAAUGCGAGCAAAAUGUCUUUGGCUUAUGUGGCUGGAAAGGCCCCACCAUACAAAAUACAGGCAUCAAGAUUGUACCACCCUGUGAAAUGCGCAGCUGGAGAGCAAGCUGGUUCUGAGGCACUGAAGUAUGCGCUAUCGCCGCGCCCUGCGACCCCGUGAUACUUUGAGACUGCGUUUGUUCACCGCAGGCGUCGAUCUUACGAGCAGAAGAUGGCAUUUAGAAGGGCCAGAAGGCCCCGAAGACUCCCCCAUGCGGCUCCUAGGGACCCCCCUAGAGGGCCCCAGGAGGAGGGAGAGGAAGAGGAGGAUCAGUGCCAGCUGACUGUGUGACCUCGGUGCUUUCAUCGGUGCCCGCAUGCCCUGC